AUGUUUUCGCCCGCCGUCGAGGCUGUCGAAGCCUCACUGGCCAAGGCCGCUGCUGCUCCCGCGGAGACACCAGAGGAGGCGAAAGUUGAGAAGAAGGAAAAUUCCCCCAAAGACUUGGCCAAGCUGGCCCAACGGUUCAGCGGCCGCUUGUUUGGCGCUGUCGGCAAGAAGAAGAAAGAGCCCACAAAGAAGCCCGAGCCCACACAGGAAGAAGAGGCCAAAUUGGCAGCCCCCGCUGAGCCCGCGCCCGUCUCCGACGCUGCCCCGCAGAUUCCUGCCAACACUACGCCCGAGGUCUCGCAGGCGGCCACCAAGCCCGCCCCUGUCUUCAUCGCGAUAGAGACCGAGCUCUUGGAAAACAAGCCGAGCUUCUCAAACAACGCUGCUUUCAGAGCAGCUCUGCACGACAAGAUCGGCCAGGAGGUUGUCCGAGGGUUACUUGGUCUCUGA